UGUAGUAUUAGAUUUUAUAUGAAAUUAUUGAUUCUAAAUUUUUUAUGCGAUUAAGGUGUUCAUAGUUGAAGAAAUACAGUUUGAUGAACGGUAACUUCCAUUUCGCAAGGUGGCGCCGCCUUCCCGCACCGCGCCGACGCCACACGCGUAUAAAAUAAUCACUGCACCAUUUUUUUCUAAACCACUUGACGAUCAAAAAAUAUGAUGUUAGUUAAUUGCCAUCAUCAACCGUAUAGGCUUCUUCCGAAGCGCAUAAUCCUCGUCCGCCGGCACCGUCGACGCCGCCACUCCCGACAACCGAAUACCCCUCACUGAACAGUUCGAUCGCACCGACUCUCAGAUCUACGACCUCGUCUCAAACUCCGGGAAUAGGCCGAGAACAGAAUCAUCGGGAAUGUCGUAUCCGAGAUCAGGAUUUCGGCAAUUUUCAGGUUCCCGAACAGAUGAAGGUGAUCAGGGAGAUUAGGGAAAGGUUUGGGAGGUUCUUCUAUCGAAUUUUUUUCUUCCGUUUUGUUGUUUUUUUUUGCGCGUUUGAUUUGAUUAAAGCUGUUGCCUCUGCAAUUAUUGAUUAAUCAGCGAUUACAUUUUUUUCACUUUUUGUCCUCUUCGUAGAAAGUUACAUUCUCUAUUCGUUUUGAAGAUUGGGAGCAUCUCAACCAUAGUCUAAGCUUUCGAUUAUUGGCCAUGAAUUGAAUAUUGAUAGUAGUAAUUUUACACUAUCUGUAUUAUUAUCAAGCAGAAUAGCUAGUACCUGAUUACUUUAGUACAAAGUAGAAGAACACUCGACGUAGUGUUUCCUUGAGGUUUUGGAUGAACAAUUACCAAAUUAUGAACGUAUUUUUUGUCCUUAUACUAAUUUGCUGUUCGCAAGACAAUUAUUAAACUAUUGUGGCAUAUAGUGUAUAAAACAUGCCUGCUGAAAUGGUCUUCCUUUGAUGCAAUGGAUCUGAGAGCAUUUUUGUUUGCAGUAUAUGACAAGUUGAUGCAGUUGUUUGUUUUAUUAGAAAAUAUUUUCGGAGACAUUUGAAAAGGUGCACAGUAAUGUUAUAUUUGACAGUAUCUGCAUUUCUUCUGAUUCUUAUGCUAGGCUUAGACAAGGAGAUAACAAUUGCUUCAUGAACUUAUUCUAACCAGUCAUUGUUCUGCCAUGGAUUGUGUACAGUAGACAGAAAACUGGUGCUGCAUUCGGAGUUAGUUUCGAUAGAAGUCAUGCUGGUAAUUCUAAACUGCUGUGAUUGCUGUGUUACAAUUGAAUUUGGCAUAUCCACACAGAUUCUCUUCAGUAAUACUUAAAGGUUUACUUUCUCAUUUGUUUGGCAUGCCACUUACUCUGGCAUGACACAAAAAUUAUGGCAAGAAAUACUGGGCUGUCAAUUGUGAAGAAAGGAGUCCUUGAUUCUACAAAAUUAAAUUUCUAUGAAAACCCAUAUUGACAUAUAUCAUCUAACUCCACAUCUAUAGUAGUUUGCUCUUUGGUGUUGGCAAACUUAUCGUUGAGUUAUUAUGUAUGUAUUAUUAGGGUAGUCUUUCUCUCGAAAUGUUUUCGUGUUAUGAUCUGUUAAUUGUGUACAAGUUCAUUUUCCACAUGUUCUCUCAUAUGUGUGAGAGUGGUGUGCUUCAUUGCAUUAUGUCAUUUAUGUGAAUUUUUUGUUAUUAAUGGGGAGAAUAAAAAGUUGGAGAAGAAAAGAUAAGAAAGGAAGAAGAGGGUUCACUGUUGAGUAAGUGGGAAGGCUUCAGUUAUUGGCUGCAAAGGGGGUAAAAAGUGGGAAGGUGGAGGACCAGGGAGAGGCUUUGCUGGACAGUGACCAGUGGGUACUGACAGCUUGAAGCAAAAAGAUGACAAAGAAGGAUAAGAGAAAAGAUAGAAAAUAGAAACACAAAAAAAAAGUGUAUAAACAUAUUAUAAUCAUGAUCACUCGAUUUUUAUGUGUUGUUUAAUUUCCCCUCUGUUACUUGAAUCAUCCAUCUAGCCACCCCAGAAAACAAGAGCAGAUCGUGACUCGAAAUUUAUGAUUUUAAGGUUUUCUUGAAUCCUUAUGGAGGGACAUAGAUAUGAACAGGCUCCAUCGCAACCAACUGACGACUUUAACCUUGUUAUCGUAUCACACGGACUUGCAAUUCAUGUGUUUCUUAUGAAGUUGUUUAAAUGGACAGUCGAGCAAUUUGAGCUCUUGAAUAAUCUUGGGAAUUGCGAGUUGCAAGUAAUGCAGCUAGGCGAUGGCGGAGAAAACAGUCUCGUGGUCCAACACAGUGAAGAACAAAUCCGAGAGUGGGGAUUAUCCCCUGAUAUGAUAGCAGAACAGCGGUGGCAAUCUGAAGCUAACAAGGGUGACUGGAACGACAGGCAUCGCGACAUGUAAUUUAAUAUUCGAUUUGUGUGUAAAAGAUAUUUGUUUGAAGGUGUUGUAGGGAAGAAUAGAAAUUUUGUCAUGGACUGCCAGUUGUUAGUAUCUUGAAACUGUUAUCCUGUCUGGUUCUCGUUUCCCCCAAAAGGAAUCUGAAAAUCUGAUGUGAUAACAUUUAUGUGAGAGAGGGAUCAACAGGAAUCAAUUAUUAGUAACCACAGACAAAAAUGCAAGGCUAUCCCACUGGUGUGAGACAGAGACUUGACAUUGCAUGACACAAAAGAGGAGACAAAUUCAAGUACAUUCACCUUUUAAUUACUCACGAGAUAUGUUAUCCAAACAAAGAAUAGACUCUCCUCAUUGUGUGUGUUUGUGGCCUUCACAUAAUUAAUAACUCUACUAAAAUCUGUCAUGAUGGACACGCCCCAAUCCCAUGGGCAACACCAUGAGAUAAUCCCGUCUUCGUCCCUCCUCAUUAUAGUUGUUCCCGUCAUCCUCCUCGUCGCUAUACUACUUCUGGCAGCGAUGCUCCGCUGCCUCCACUCCUCCAGAGCCAACAGCAGCAGCAGCGCCGCCUCGAGUAAGAGGGUGGUCCACAACAGCAAUUGCAUGUUCAUUGGUCACAGCACCAUCAAAUUAGAUCCCACUUCAGAGCCUAAAUUUGUGUGCGUCAAUCACAUAAUACACUGUGAAUGGCGGCAGAUGUCAGCUGCAUAUACGGAAAUGCGAGGGUAUCAGGUGCAGGUAUUCACUCUCAAGGAGGCCGAGAAGGCCACCAACAUCUUCUGCGAUGCCAACAUGAUAGGGACGGACGUAUACAGAGGGGUGCUCCGCGAUGGCACCCCUGCGGCCAUCAAGAUCCUCCGCGGCACUGGUAGGUCCGCGGAGCGAGCUUUCCGUUCCCAAGUAGAGCUGUUGUGCCGCGUGCGGUGUUUGUACAUAAGGGAGCUGUUGGGGUACUGUGCUGAUGAGGAGAAGAGGUUGUUGGUGUUGGAGUACAUGGCUAAUGGGUCUCUAGCAGAUCAUCUUCGACGUGGGACGUUGAAAUGGGGCACUCGGUUAAAGAUCGCUCUGGAUUGUGGUCGAGCUUUGGAGUAUCUCCAUGAGCACAUGAGCCCUUCCAUCAUCCACCGCAAUAUCAGAUCCACCACCAUUCUCUUGGAUCCCACCUUCACUGCUAAGCUUUCGGGUUUCGGUCUAGCCAAGAUUGGGUCGGACAAACUCAAUGGCCUCGUUUCUACGCGAGUUCUGGGCACCACCGUAUAUUUUGCCCCAGAGUAUGCAUCUACAGGGAAGCUCACCACUAAAUCAGAUGUGUAUAGUUAUGGUGUCAUUCUCUUGGAGCUGUUAACGGGACGCCUGCCUAUCGAUACCACCCGCCCUCCUGGGGAACAUCUCCUCGUUUCAUGGGCGCUCCCGCGUUUAACCAAUAGAGAGAAAGUGAUGGAAAUGAUGGACCCAGCCCUACAAAGCCACUACUCCAAGAAAGAUCUUGUUCAAGUGGCUGCAAUAGCAGCUAUGUGUGUGCAGACAGAGGCCGAAUAUAGACCUCUGAUCACCGACGUGGUCCAGUCGUUGAUGCCCCUAGUGAAGAACCACUCGGUGCCCAGCUCCUCCGGAUUCGCGCAUACUCCAAGCCCCAAAUUUUGAAACUACGAGUUCACCAUCUAUUUUACUACUACAAACCAGUGUUAUGUUAUGAUGCAUGCAUAGUUGGAUAGAUACAAAUUGGAUUCUUGCAUAUAUAAAUAUAUAUACCGUAAUAACAAGGCACCAAGGUUACCAGAUUCCUCACUUGCUAACCAUAUGUUUAUGUCAUUAUGUGUAUUCACUACAAAUAUGUUCCAUUUGUUGGUCAUCUAUGAGAAUGAGAUGAUCAACUCUUUAUUGAUGGACAUUUCAUCUACAAAUUUGAUUAUUCAAUGAAGUGUAUGAUUAUUCAAGUGAA